AGACCAUUAUAUGAUUUACAUAUUUUAAUGCGCCCUGGCAGUCAUCUAGAAGGAUGACUUCUCAAUUGUUCAACGAUUACUGGCUUUGAGUUAUGAUUGACUGUAUGGUAAAGAUGUAUUUAUGAUAAUGGAUAUCUGAUCUGGACAAGUGUUUGUAAAUUUAAAUGGUUACUUGUUUUUUGAUUUGAUGUUGUAAAUGUAAUGGUGAAAGUGAAACAAAUAACAAGUAUUGGAAAGAGGAUGUGUAUUAAGUGAAAGUAACAAGAAUGAAGAGGAUGUUUAAAUGUAAGUGUGUGCUUAGUGGUAGAAAAUGAAGAGAGUGAUGUGGUGGUGUGGGUGUAGUAGAAAAGUAGUUUGUUUGUUUGAUUGAUUGAUUGGUUUGUUGAUAAGUUGUAGAGUUCAAAGGGAAAGGGGGGUUUAAAAUGAGAUGGAAAUGAAUGAGUUGGUUUGGUCGGUUUUGUGGGAAACUUCUGAGCGAUCCCUAUUCUCCAGCUCCUUCUGAAUGACCGCUUUUCCCGCUCACCCGGUCGUGUAAUGCAAUCCUAUAUGAUGGGAAGGGUUAAGCUUAAAAUAAAGAAGUUGGAGAAUACAAAUGGCCGUCAAGCGACCUAUGCCAAAAGGAAACAUGGCAUCAUGAAAAAAGCUAAUGAGUUAUCAAUUCUGUGUGACAUUGACAUAAUCCUUCUCAUGUUCUCACCUACUGGCAAGCCUUCAUUAUGCAAUGGAAAGCGGAGUAGCAUUGAAGAGGUCAUCGCAAAAUUUGCUCAACUAACCCCACAGGAACGGGCAAAACGGAAGUUGGAAAGUCUUGAAGCACUGAGAAAGACUUUUAAGAAGUUGGACCAUGAUGUAAACAUACAAGAAUUUCUGGGUACAGGUUCUCAAACAAUAGAGGACCUGACGAAUCAAAUGAGGUUAUUGCAAACUCAAAUUUCUGAAAUACAUAGGCGUCUGAGCUAUUGGACUAACCCAGAGAAGAUCAACAGUGUAGAACAUUUGGGUCAAAUGGAAAAUUCGAUCAGGGAAUCGCUUAACCAAAUCCGUUUGCAGAAGGAAAAUUUAGGAAAGCAGCAGCUUAUGUCAUUAGAAUGCACGGGUCAGUUUCAAAAUGGGUUGCAUAUCCCCUUCAGACUGGGUUCUGAGCAACAGCUCCAACCUCUCUCGUGGAUUCCAAAUAAUGACAAUAGACAUAUGGUUUUACCAGAGGAUCCAAAUUUGCUUUCGCAUAGGGAUGUGGAAUGUUCUGGAAGUUCCUCUUUUGGGAGUUAUUCUGGUUACUUUGGCACAAAUAAAAGUUCAGAGAUUUCUAAUUCUGGGCAGGAAAGCAGCCUACUUAGCGAGUUAAGUGGAACUGCAUCACUGAGGCUGCAACUGGGGGGGCAAUGCUCCUACCUACCGUAUAAUGUCAAUUUGCUGAAUGAUAAAUUCCAACCAGUAGGAGAGAUGAACAUACAAGAAAACCCUGUCGAUUAUCAUGUCAGUGGAAGCUUGGAAGCUCCUAGACCUGGGUAUGACACACAUGGUAGUUGGGCUUCCACAUCUGGGCCUUGUGAAGUUAGCUUGUUUGAUGGGCGCUUGUAUUCUCAGCAUCUCAAUUGAGAUUGAAAGAGGUUUACUAUUCAAUCAUUGAUGGAACUUGGUCUGCCUAAAUUUCUCAAGCACCAAAGUAGGCCUGCUGAUUUUGCAAUGGUCUGUUUUAGCUGUUCAAAAGCAUGAAUCAGCCAGUGAAAUAUGUAUAACAUGAUAACAAGUGACCUAUUGAUACUUGCUCGAUUGAAUGGUGCUGACAUAGUUGAAUGAGGCACCACAUUUGUGAUAUCAUAUCAUACGUGUAAAAGUUAUAUAACAGUAGGUUUUUGGG